AGAGGCCGCUGCUGUGGCCGCCAUUUUUGUUUCUCCCUCUCUCAUUCUUCCCUUAGCGUGCGAAGCAUCGGCCGGUUCGGAGCUGUAGGAACCCGGCGGUCGGAAUUGAAGAUGGCGGGCAGACACCAGGCUAAGCGUUUCAGGUUCGACAGGGAUGGUGGUAUUGAAGACCUUAAUAAGAUUUCUCCAUCUCCUGUUAUACAUAUCCGAGGACUGUUGGAUGGGGUAAUGGAAGUUGAUCUUAUGGAGGCUCUCCAGGAUUUCGGCAAUAUCAGUUGUGUGAUGCUGAUGCCCAGGAGAAAGCAAGCAUUGGUUGAGUUUGAGGACAUCGCUGGUGCAUGUAGCUGUGUGAAUUAUGCAGCAGAUAACCCAAUCUACGUUGCUGGACAACUGGCCUACGUUUGUUUUUCCACAAGCCAGAAAAUUGCCAGACCAGAUGAUGAUGACUCUAAAAGCAAUAAAGUCCUGUUGAUCACUGUUGCAAAUUCUAUUUAUCCCAUCAACACAGACAUUCUGUACACUAUUUGCAACCCAUGUGGGCCUGUUCAAAGGAUUGUCAUCUUCAGAAAGAAUGGAAUACAGGCAAUGGUGGAAUUUGACUCUGUUCAAAGCGCACAGAAGGCCAAAGCAUCUCUUAAUGGUGCCGAUAUCUAUUCUGGAUGUUGUACUUUGAAAAUAGAAUAUGCUAAGCCAACUCGUUUGAAUGUCUUUAAGAAUGAUGCUGAUACCUGGGAUUAUGUAAACCCUAAUCCUGGUAGACCAGGUAAAAUUUAUAAUUAAUAUUUCAAUGUAGUCCUCUCUUGCAUAGCUUGUCUU